AUGCCGUUUGCAGCCUUCCGGUGGCUUGAUCGACGAAAGCAGAGCCUCUCCAGCGAGACGACCGAAGAAGGCUGCCGAGUUCUUGCUGAAAGAGGUGUUCCGCGAUCGAACGAGCAUAGUGAAAGUGAAGAAGACUCAGAAGGCAGACUGGCUUCGAGCAAGGGUGAUGCGCUGCCUCUGGAAGUGAUCGAGCCAGGCACUUGGACUCUCAGGGUGUGCAUCCUGGGUCUUGCAACCAUGUGGCUCACAGGCCUCGCCACAAUCAUAUACGGCUCUAUCGUUGAGGCGUCCUCGAAGGGGACCUUCCAGCACUGGGGACCUUCUUUUAUCCACAAGAGAGCAAUUGGACCGCUCACCCAAUUGGCGAUUGCGUUCUGGAUCACAUUGCUCACUGACAUCGCAGGACUUGUCCACUCGACAAGCCUUCGAUUUUCACUCCUCGCACGUCGCAAAUUGACAUUCAACUCCAAUCUACGCCUCUUUACAAGUUGCCCUGACUCACCUGUUCAUUCAUGGCCGAUCAACAUCAUCUGGGCAUGGUCUCUCAUCUCGUCAUAUGCAUGUGGUUCAAUGGUGAUCGUUGAGUCAGUAUAUGAUUAUUCAAAUUCAGGAGAAGUCGGCUUCCAUACGUACGAUAUUGUGUCUGGAUAUGCUCUCAUAUUCCUGGGGUUCGGCUUGCUGGGGCAAGCCUUGAUUGCAAGUUGGGCUCUGAUGGUCUGCAAGUUUCCGUCGUGGUCAACCAAUCCUAUCAAGACUGCGAAAAUCUGCCGAGAUCUGGGGUGGUUGAGGCCGCUGACGCAACGGACAAUGUUAAGUGUCCACGAUGCGCAGAGCCUCGAGCCACACGAUUCUCCGUCGCUCCCAAAAGUACGGCAAGGGUCGUUGUUGAGGGCGCAUUCUAAUGUUCGUCCAGCGCUUAUCUUCGUGUGGGUAGUCACAGCACUAUCCUUUCUGUGGUUUAUCGCAGUAACGCUCGCCUAUCAACUCGGAGGCUCCUCCAUAGGUCCAUCAUGGGGUACCUUUAGUCGGUCGUACACAAAUGACUGGAGUCUGAUACCAGAUUGGCACGAUGUAACGGCUUUCAUCGCAAUUUCCACUUCGCUUGGCCAAAGCUCUUACACAUUCGGGCCCUGGUUCCUGUGUAAAUACCUGUUAACCUGUGUCUUCUUGGGUGGUAUCACGAUGGAUCUGCACGUCGUCGAAUUACUUGUACAGUGCUCGCGCGACGAAAGUCUUUGGAGACAGACCGCAUCAGCUCGCGGUCUGGAUCGGAACAGAGAUGGAGCCCUGGAGAUUGCUUUUCGCAGUUGGGAAACGAUAGCCUUGUUCGUCUUCAAGACUGCUGUGAACUGGGUCUUCAGCAUGGCCUUUGGGCCCUAUUGGGAAGGAAUUGAGAUGCGCAUACCACAGAUCUGUUACACGGCCAUCUCGUUGUUUUGGCUGUCGCUGCUGGCCACCUACCUGGCGUUAUGGAAGCCCAAAGGCCCACAACCAGCAACAUUUGGGCAUCUACCAACUCUGGUCGAUCUCAUUGACGUAUGGCCAGGUCGAGGAUCAAAUGAGAGGAGCGAAAACGCAGUCGAUGGAGGAGCGAAGGCCGACCAUUUACCGCUGUUUUGGGGCGACAAAGGUACAAGGGAUAAUGGAUUCCGCCGUGCAGGGACGGACCAUGCGCCUCUUCAGCCCAUAGUUAUGACAGCAUUGUAUCUGUGA